CGAAAGCAAAGCGCGCGGCAGACGGUCUUUGCGCGUCGAGCUCACCGGUCGCUCUUUCACGGUCACGCUUCUGUCUCGUAUUACAAGUCGACAUUCCGCCGACAAGGACGACGACGACAACGACGACGACGAUAACGACGACGAAGACUCGGAUCGACGUUCGAUCGAGUAUCGCGCGAGUCACCGCGACGUCGGCUCGCGCCCGCGUUGAAUCAGAAUCGCGCUGAGCCCCGCGCCGAUCUCUGAGUUCUCUUGAGUUUUGUGUUCCACCUCGCGGUUGCGAAAACUACCUACAGUUCACGUUCUGGGAAAUUUGGUUUUGCGACAAAGUGUUUCUUUUUUCUGUGAUGUGCACGGGAGCUGCCAGCGGCCGCAUCAGGAUGACGACGAUCACUGCCUGGGCCUGUGUCUUCGCCGUGCUGUGUUCAUCGAUUGUUGAAGCAAAACAAGGUCAGAUAAUAGACAUUGAACCAAAAAAAGAGACUGCCGUGCGGGUCGGCGAGAAAUUGCAAAUUCUUUGCAAGGCCGAACAACCGCUUCGCGUUUGCCGCGUGGAGAUACCUGGUGAGGGUAGCAUGGUGCUGUCUGAGAGAGACAAACCAUCGGAAGACGGCAUCGAGUAUUACGGCGAUGGAUUAAACUCGGGCCAGUGCGGCGUUCGUAUCACUAAGGUGAAGGAGACUCACGACGGCAUGUUCAAAUGCUCUCUGACGGCCAUUGAUGCCCGGCAAGAAUCGACUGCUUCUAUCAAGAUUAUCGUCGCAAGACCACCGAAUAAACCGAUUCUUCUAACGAAUCGUGGAAGUGUUGGCUCACAUACAUUUAGAAAAGGUGAAAAAUUGGAGAUCAGCUGCAGCGCCCCAGCUGGACGGCCAGCAGCAAAUGUGUCCUUAUUUCUCGACGACGAGCUGAUUGGCGACGACAGAAGUAUGUUUUAUGGUACACAUAUGGAUGAUUCCUUGGCGAUGCAAAACUCUUCACGCAGUUUAGAUUGGACAGAUAAUGGCAAAACGUUAAGAUGCAUAGCCAAUCACAUCGCUCUCGACAGACCAAAGGAAACGACUAUGCAACUCGAAGUAUAUUAUCCACCUCAGCCACAUGAAACAUUUGAACGUUUCGGAUAUGUAAUUGGUAGACAGGGAAUUAUUAAUAUUACCAUUUAUGCGUAUCCCAAACCGCGAUUCACAUGGAUAGUAGACGGCGCAAGAAUUGACGCGGGUCAACCUGACGACAGUAAUCGAUUUCAAACUUCAACCCCCAUGGAAUUGGCAAAAGGAGUGUGGUCUUUAAUCCUGAAGAUCGACAGCGUUCAGAAAUCCGAUACGGAGAAGAACUAUGCGUUAGAGGCGUCCAACAGUGAGGGAUCAUAUGCAUAUAAAAUCGUUUUGUCGACAUCCUCAGAACCAGCGGGACCGCUCGGUAACCUCUAUGGUAAGCUCUCCGAACACAUGUAUGCACUAGGCGUUGUUUUGGACACUGGAUCCAUCAUCGGUAUCGUCGUGGGCUUUUUGGUGCUCAUGCUCAUUAUUUUCGUCGUAAUCUUUGCACGCGCGACUGGCCGCUGGUGCUUUGCAGGUCAUUCAUCUACUAGGAAUUUCGGGGAGUCAGACUUCGCGGACCCAGCGACGAGCAUUAGUCUUCUUCACGCCGGCAAAUCGAAAACUACGGCCGAUGUCGUUAGAAAAAGAAGUGACACAGAGAGCGCUGGCAGAUAUUCCCGAUCGGAGGUAGAUGGAGCGUCGGCCCGAGGACGAAGACCGAGGAUCAAUUUAUCCCGAUUCUUUGGAAGGAACAAAGAUAAAGUAUCCGGUACCGAUACAGAUACCAUGAAGACUGUUGUCACCGUCGACGACGAGAAGCUUCAGACUGCCGAGCAAACUGUGCAGGAAGGCAGAGCAAAUCCUCCGACAGGCGAGAGUGGAAUAGUAUACGCGGAAUUAGAUCUUACGCAACAGCAACAAGGCGUUGUACCUCGCCGAAUUAAUGAAGACAAAACGGAAUAUGCCGAAAUCUUGUACACGAAACCAGAAACUGAGGAAGCAGCAAACAAAUAAUUGCAUCUUCGCAAAAGCAAUUAAGUGAACGACCGUGUGUUUCGUCCUUCAUUCAUUAGAACAACGAUCACUUCUUCUAAAAAAAUCUAACGCGAUUUUUUUCUUUGCAAAGAGAACAAAAGGGAAAAUAAACGUAUAAUUUUAGACACGUGCUUUGGAGCGCGAGAAAAUUAUUUCAAGGAUUAUGUUAUCCCGUUAUUGAUCUUUCGUCGCAAGAUCGUUUACACGUUCAUGUAAAAUAAUGUAAAUUCGUGUAAAGGAAACAUUAUUGUUGACGUUCCUUGUUAAUCAAAAUUCCGGGGUUACGUGUUUCCGUACAUGUGAUAAUUUUUACUGUACGGUAAGCAAUCUUAUAAUAUACGAUCGAUACUCUGAUUUGACCUUCUCUACGCAAUGGUCUUCUACGCAAUGGUUAUCAAAUUUGAGAGCAAGGAGAAAAUGAUUAUCUUUACUAACUGGAACAACCGAUUGCUUCGUAAGAUCAUAACGUGUCCUAGAAAAAUGUAUGCAAAUUACUUUGUUGAAAUAAGCAACAAUGUUCUUUUAUAAUUUGCAUGCGAUAAUUCUUUGAUGAAAAUUUUAUGGAAGAUAAGAUCUUAACUGUUCAAUCAUUUCAGUGUCGAACUCUUUUUUACCUGAAGAAUUUCAUUUGAAAUUUUUUAUCGUUGAAACUUUUAAUUUGUAUAUUUGUGAAAAAAAUUCUGUAAGAAAAUGUAUUUUUUUCUAUCUUUUACUUAAAUUUUUUAUUUAAUUAUAUGUGACUGUCGCAUUGUACUGGUUUACAUUACGCCAGACGUACUUAAAUAUUAUCGUUAUUACCAAUAUUGUUAUUAUCCACUUAAAUAAUACAUAAGUAAUAAUAAUAAUUGCAUUGCGUGCGAAUUAUACGCUUAAAAGUCGUUUGGGCGAUUUAAUAAUUUCAAAUUGGAAAAAUAAAUCGCGCGAGAAAUCCUAAAAAUCAGCUAUGAGAAAAAAAGAUACUGACGUAAAAAAA